AUGUCUGAGAAAAGUAUUUGUGUUUACUGUGGUUCUUCUGUAGGUAAUAGUACAGUUUAUUCAGAAGAAGCCAGCAAGUUAGGUAGUUUGUUCCAUAAACUAGGUUGGAAGUUAAUUUAUGGUGGUGGUACAACCGGUUUAAUGGGGGCCAUUGCACAAGCCACCAUGGGCCCGAAUUUUGAUGGGAAAGUGCAUGGGAUAAUUCCAGAUGCUCUCGUCGCUAAAGAAAGAGAGGCAGGGAGGGAAGAUGAUGUGAAUGUACAAGAGGCCAUUGAACAACAGAUCAACACUACCGUCGAAAAUCAUAAGGGUUCCACUCCAAUUUCAACUAAAUUUGGAGAUACAACUAUUGUUCCUGAUAUGCACACAAGAAAGAGGCUGAUGGCUAGCGAAAGUGAUGCUUUCGUUGCCAUGCCGGGGGGCUACGGUACUUUCGAAGAAAUCAUGGAAUGCAUAACGUGGUCGCAACUAGGUAUCCACAGUAAGCCUGUGGUGCUGUUCAAUAUUAAUGGAUUUUACAAUUCUUUGCUUCUUUUCAUCAGGCAUUCCAUAGAUCAAGGUUUCAUCAGCAAUGCCAAUGGUGAUAUCGUCCAAGUAGCAAAUACCCCAGAAGAAGUGGUCGAAAAGAUCGAAAAAUACGUUGUCCCAGCUGGCAGAUUCAACCUCAACUGGGAGGAUGAGUGUGAUAGUGACGGACAUUAG